AGCGUGUGGGCGGGGCCUUGCAAAGCCAUCACGUAUCAAGAUGGCGGCGUCCAUGGCGCUGAACUUGGAUAAUUUACCUUCUGACCCUUUGCUGCUGAUUUUAUCGUUCCUGGACUUCAGGGAUUUGGUCAGUUGCAGUCUUGUAAGUCGACGCCUGAAUGAGCUGACCGGACAUAAUCCUCUGUGGAAGGGUCUCUGCCAGAAACACUGGCUUCUUACAGAGGCAGAUAAGGCUCAGAGAGGGCAGAGCUGGAAGGAGCUGUUCCGGGAAUUUUACGCAGAUCUAGGUCGCUACAUUGACCAUUACAGCACGCUGAAGAAAUCCUGGGAUGACCUGAAGAGCUAUCUGGGCCAGAAAUGCCCACGAAUGAUUGCCUCCCUCAAAGAGGGCGCAAAAGAGGAGGAGCUGGAUGCCAUUGAGGCUCAAAUUGGCUGCAAGCUUCCUAACGACUACCGCUGUUCCUACAGGAUACACAAUGGUCAAAAACUGGUCGUUCCUGGGUUGAUGGGCAGUAUGGCAUUGUCCAAUCACUAUCGCUCAGAGGACCUGUUGGACAUCGAGACAGCAGCGGGGGGAUUUCAGCAGAGGAAGGGCAUGAGACAAUGUCUACCUCUCACUUUCUGCUUUCAUACAGGGUUGAGCCAGUAUAUGGCCUUGGAGAGCACAGAGGGACGCAUGCGCAGCGAGAUUUUCUACCACUGUCCGGAUCAAUUAGCACAAGAUCCAUCUGCUAUUGAUAUGUUCAUAACAGGGUCCAGCUUUACUGAAUGGUUUACCUCAUACGUUCAAAAUGUAGUGACUGGAGAGUACCCGAUUAUUCGGGACCAGAUCUUCAGGUACGUCCAUGACAAGAAGUGUGUGGCGACUACUGGGGACAUCUCUGUGUCUGUCUCAACCUCCUUUCUGCCCGAACUCAGUUCUGUCCAUCCACCACACUUCUUCUUCACCUACAGAAUCAGGAUUGAGAUGGCACGGUCAGCACUGCCUGAGAGUGCGUGUCAGUUGGACAGCCGCUACUGGAAAAUCACCAAUGCCAAUGGGAACGUGGAGGAGGUCAGAGGGCCUGGUGUUGUAGGUGAGUUUCCGGUCAUGUCUCCUGGUAAAGUGCACGAGUAUGCCAGCUGCACAACAUUCUCCACCACCUCAGAAUACAUGGAGGGCCACUACACCUUCCACAGGCUCAAAAAUAAAGAGGAAAUAUUUGACGUCUCCAUUCCACGAUUCCACAUGGUGUGCCCACCCUUCCGAGAGUCCAUAGUGCGCUCGAGCUCAGUGAGUGAGGUGUCUGUCAUUCCAUUUAACGAAGACAAUUCCUCAGAUACAGAUGACUACGAGGAGGGAGAGCUGCGGGGCAUGAACAUGGCCAACCCCGGAGGGCGCUGUCCUCGUCACGUCUGAUGCACUUGUUACUUUCUCCCCCCGUUCACAUUCACACACACACACACACUUGUACACACUCGCACACCCACAUGCACACACAAGCAGCAUGGCAGUAGAGAGCAGAGUUUUGAGAAUUCCAUUGUUUAUUAUACAAAGGCUUUGUGUCUGUCCUCUCAUGAACCUGCACACUUGUGUGUGUGCGAGUGUGUGCGUGAUUCUCCCAGUAGCGUUCAGAGAGAGAAUGAGUGACAGUGUGAUACUAUAGUCGCAGUGUUCACUCUCAAAAAGGCUUACGAGCGAAGGCCCACAAAAACACAACACAUUCAGUAAGCUUUUGUUUGGCUUACACUGCCGGUACUGUUGUCAGCUCUGAACUUAAAGAGACUGCCACUAACCUGAAUAACCCACCAAACAUACAAUAAAACAAACUGCAGCACCACAUUAUCUCCACAAUAAAACAAUAUUUUGGGGUAGGAUAACAUUUUAUAUGAAUAUAGAAUAUAAAAUAUCUAUGAUUUAUUAUAUUAGGUUCUGGAGGACAGACUGAGCCAUUGAGUGUUUACUGUGUUGUUUUGUUAUGGAUAGAUGAUAUUCAAUUGUAUUUAAAAAAAAAAAAAAAAAAAAAAAAGCACAUCUGUCAAAAACGACCAAUCACAAUACAGAGUACCAGCUCCAAGCAGUCCUAAUUAGCACAUCACCAGUGGACAGUCUCUCUCUCUCUCUCUCUCUCUCUUUUUUCUCUUUCUUUCUUUCUUUCUUUCUCUCUUAAUUUCUCUUUCUUUCUUUCUCUCUUCUCUCUCCCUUUUUUCUCUUUCUUCCUUUCUUUCUCUCUAUCUUUCUCUCUAUCUUUCUAUCUCUCUCUCUAUCUCUCUCUCUUCUCUUUAGCCCUAUCCGGAUGGGAUUAGUUUCUCAGGGGGAUGUCUGUGAAAAAUUUUUCGCACUUCUACUCAGUGAUAAAACGUCCGAACUGCAAUUGAAAAACCAGGAGGACCAGUGAGUUUUUUGGCUUUCUCACAUAACAUGACGUUCAGUAGCUCCUACAUUUCCACUUGCUGUUGUGUUUUUACACGGAUCUCUCUCAAAACGAGCGUCCAAAGUGUAAUUACAGUGCGUGGCAGUAAACAAAUAGCUAUUUUUAUUAAACAGAAGGAGGCGAAACUCAGAGAUUUGCAUCCAGACAGGACUAAAAUUACCGGAGGACCACAGAGUUCAGCAAAUAACAAUGAAUAAUUCCGCCUGUAAUUUUCUCAGAGGUCAACAAAGAACAAAUUACCCUGAGAAACGAAUCCCGUCUGUAUAGGGCUUUUUUCUCUUUCUACACCACCUUCAACUCAGGAAGAGCGUGUUAUCUGCUGAAUUUGGGAUGUUGAGAGCAGGUAAACACUAUAAUCAAAAGGUAAAAAAAAAAGUACUAGAUUUUUUUUUUUUUACCUCGCUGUAGCUCAUCUGCUUCAUCUUCACAGCUUGUUAUCACCUUGAUGCACCACAGAUCUGUUAUCUAUCAUUUAAUGUUGUGUGCAUGAUUCUCAGUACAGCAAGUAAAAUACAUGAAAUACAAUGACCUGCCAAAUGUCAUGAGAUAAGAACUAGUAUUGUGUCCCAUGGAAGUUAAAAAAUAACAUACUGAUCCGACCUGUCUAGUGGCAUGGACAGUUUUAGCUAGAUACCGCCAGUCAUGGUCAUUACCCCACACUGCACUGUCCACUAUUGGGGAUGCCUUCUAUGAUUUAUUCCUGGAUCGAGCAUGGUUAAAUAUCUGCACAACAUCUUAAAUUGUAUGGCUUAUCCAUGUGAUGCCCACUUUCAGGCCUGCUAGAGCAUUAGUCACAAGGUAAUCUUUAGACAAAGUAGAGGGCGAGCAGUUGUGCAGCAUCAGUUGGGCUACAGACAGUAAUUGUACACCUACAAAAUUACAACUAUAUGAUACGUCUACCUGAUUUGAACAGCCAGUGAUUUUUCAGGUAGUUACAUGGUCGUGGCUUAGUUUACAGUUUAUUUUGUUAUGCUAUGAAUGAGUUGGCCUGUACCACUGGAGUAUUCCUCACCAUACACAAACACAAACAUGCACACUGGACUCGAGCAUUAAUUUACACUUUUUGCACGCACAUUGGAAUUUCUUCUUUUUGCAUUGAGGCAAGUUCUUUAAGAAGGUAAAGGUGAAUGCUUUGCCCUCUCUUGUUCUCUAUUUCUUUCUCUUUGAUAGAUAGAUAGAUACUUUAUUGAUCCCCGAGGGGAAAUUUGUCCAACACACACACGCACACACACACACACGCACACACAGUUGUACAGGCUCUCUUGUAUCUGUAAUCAGUCUAAAAGAAGGCAUUGUUUUUGAUUGAUCUUUAUUAGUAAUUGAUAGUUAUUUUGCUCUUCGAUUUGUUGUAAAAUAAUGCAGUGCAAUAGGGUUUUCAGGCUAUCUUCUAUUCUAUUAUCUCUUAAGUUCUGAUUGAUUAUUAAGUAUUUGUUUUUUAUUUUGUAAAUGUGUUGUUUUUUAUGUUUGGGGUAAAUAAAACAGGAAACGAUGUCCUUUUGUGUGCAGAAGAUGUUCACUUUUAAAAUGUGUUUAUCCUGCAAAUGAAUGGCUAAAUUGUUCAGAUAUUCCUAAGGGUCAGGGAUAGUCCACUUCUGUGAAAUGUGUCUCAAUAGAUUAUUGUUCUCAUAACACAGAAUGUAUUCCAUUCAGACCCCACCCCAACCCACCCGCCAUUCUCUUGUCUUUAUUGGUGUCAGUUUGGAUGCUGUAAUCGUAGUGAGAUGAAGAGUGCUUUGUUAGCGCUUCGCCUGGUAACACUUUGUGUUGUCCCUUGUUUUGGUUCAUAGCUCCUCCUCUUUAUUUAGGCCUUGCCCUCACUUUUCAUACGAUGAGCAGCAGCCAAUUAGUUCUCUGGCUGCAGUCACAUGGGAUACACAUCUGCAUGGGUCUGUUACAGGCUGUGCUCAUCAAAAUGAUGUCCAAGGCUGGUUUUAUGCUAGAUUAGAUUUGUGUCCAUUUACAUAAGGAAUUAACUGGAUUAUAUUUGUGUUGAAAGUAUUUACAUAAGAACUUGUUUUAUAUCUGAUCCAACUACAAACCCAAUUCCCAAAAAGAUGGGAUGCUGUGCAAAAUGUAAAUAAAUGUAAAUAAAAACAGAAUGCAAUGACUUGCAAAUCCCAAA